AUGCUGGGUCCGACCAAGCCGAGGCCAGACGGAACGCCAAAAGCCAAGAGACGGGCCAGGUUUAUUCACAAAUCGCCUCUUACCAUCCAGCCAAAGCACAAAUUUGAUUUCAAGACGCUGGAUGCGCACUCGCAAAGACACGAUGUACUGUUUGACAGUCCCAAACGGCCAGCCGCGCCAGAGGUCAAGGAUGAAGUGAUGGAGGACCUGGGAGCCAGCCCCAGUAAAGCACGUCAGAAGUUGAUCGAGAUUGCUGGCGUCAAGUCCGAGGAGGAUGCGGACAAAGCGAUGAGGGCAAUGGAGCGGGCUGAUGCCGGUGCGUCCAGGACCAAGUGGUAUUUCUUCAAUAAAGAGGACGACGGUCUAGGUGAGCCCGCUCCUUUUCCACAGAGGUGCGCAAAGGGGCCCUGGUCUUUCCUUGCCAAGGCGGAAACGCGAAACCGACACAUUUUGUCCGGGAUGCCCGCCAGCCUGGCAAUCACCGUUGGACUUCCGGACGAGCUAUACCUCUGGAUCUUAGACAUGGCCACUGUCGAACAGGUCAGCGUCCUCCGAGAGGAAUACCGCAGAAUCGCCGCGGCCAGCGCGAAGCAUGUCAAGCGGCUCGUCACGCCCCAGCGUCUCGAAGAAAUCUUGCGCAGGCUGGACGCCGCAGAUCAUGUCGGUGACGAGGUGCUUAAACCGGUCAGAGAAGUCCGAGACAUAUAUGCCGAUCGCAACUGGCAGCCUCUUCAGUCGUUCCUGGAAUGGCUGUAUUGGGUGGCAGCUCAGCUCAGCCACGACUCGAUGGUCUUCGCCGUCAAGAUGCUGCUCCGUAUGGCGGCUGACAGGGUGGUUCUCGAGAACGCGGAUAUCCUCACGCAUCAUCAGCAUGCCCUGGAGGGUUUGGUGAACUCGGUGGCGGACGAUGCCUGGGAUGGCUUUUGCUUCGAGAUCUGCUCGUCUCUCUAUCACGGAUUCGACAAGACGUCACUCCGGAUACUGCCGCUGCUCUGUAUGCCGGUUACCUCGCCAAAACUCCAUGAGCUACGGAGACGACUGGCGGUUGCGUUCUUCCUCCGGGACGCAGCGCUGGCCAGCGAGCACCCCGACGACGUCGUCUCUCUGCGUGUCAUCAUUGCCCGGGUAAAGGACAGUGACUUUCAGACCGGCCACAGAACUAACUACACCGAUCUGCAAGCCCUGGUGCAGCUCCUCGACAUGGCCGUGGAUGACGGCUCCUUUGUGCAUGGCAAGGACGACCGGGAGCAGGAAAAGGAGUUCAACGCAGAAGUUGACGAUCUUACGAAGCGCCUCAAGGCCAUCUGGCGCGGCAUCAACGACACCGGGGCCGCGAACCUGGCGCGCACAGAAGCCAAGAGCGUCCUCGAGUGGGUUGGGGAGCGCCUCAGCUACUCAGUGCGGACGAAGCGUCCGCCCACACAAAGCAUAUUUGACGACGAAGGACCGUCGUCGGCGAAGAAGAAGCGGCAGCAGGACUUCAUGCACAAGUUUGUCCACCCGAGGAAGAACAAGCCGGCUGGGGCAACAAACGCCAAGGUCGAAUUACCGUCGAGCGAGGACGACACAUUCGUGACGGCACUCGGUUAA